AAUAUUCAGAGCUAGAAUUCCCGCAAAAUUUGUUUACAUAAUUGAUAAUAAGCGCAUCGCUAAAUAAACUGUGUGUAUAAAUAGGUGAAUUAAAACAUUUUAAAAUUAGUGUGCUUCUCUGCUAGUUGCAAGAUUACAUUCCUCAUCAUUGGCACCAACCUGAGCAGAAAACAUGAGAAAGAUAAGGAACAAGAAAUCUGCUGAAACUGAAACUGAAAUUUGCAACAAUGACACUAGCUCAAUGAAAGAAGAACCUCCACAAAAGAAACGAAAAUCAAAAUCUAAAAAUGAUAGUGUUAACAUAGAAAACAAAGCUACUAAACCUGGCCAAAAAAUUGUGACAAACAAAAGUGUCCCUUUGAAAUCAAAUUCAAGCAACCAAAAUGUUCAGUCCCCUCGGUCUCCACAUAACAGCAAAAAUUCCUCAUCCUUAGAAAUGCCAGUGAAUUUAAUAAAGUCAAACUUUGUAAGAGAAACCUGUAUAGCAAAUGGAGUAAAAGAUCCUUUUCAAGAAGAUUUGGAAAAGCAUGGUUUCCAGAAGGGGACACAGCAUCUGAAUCUUCCAGCAUUUAAUUACAGCAGCCAUUACAGCGCAAAUCUUCAGCAUCAUCUAGGCAACAUACAAUAUGGAAUCAAAAGUAGACUAAAGUUACAGAAGUCCAUCAACAGUCCACUUACCUCACUAUGCCGAGAGCUUGAAGUCUACAGAACGGCCAGCCCAUUUGACCGGAGAGUUACUGCCCUUGAAUGGCACCCUAAGCAAGCAAACCUACUUGCUGUCGGUUCCAAAGGUGGUGACAUUAUUUUGUGGAACACAGAAAAUGUUGGACAAGAUAAAAUGAUUCAAGGGAGCGGAGAGGGUGGGUCAUGCCAAGCCCUGAAGUUCUGGCCAUGGGACAAUAGUAAAGUGUUGACCGCCUCCAUAGAUGGUACUGUGACCUUGAAGGACCUUGAGACAAAUGAUCGGCUUACAUUGGCCGACACCAUGAAUUGCCAUGACCAUUGGUACUGCAGUGUGGAUGUUCUUCAGAGCCAGUACCUGGUGGCUGCAGGCAGAAAUAAAGGCACUCUACACAUGAUGUCGUCCGAGGGAAGAAUGGUAUAUGAACAUCGUCUGCACAAGGACAAGAUCACCCACGUAGAGUUCUCGCCCCGGGAACCCUGGCUGCUGUGUACGGCCUCUACGGACCACACCGUACAGCUUUGGGACACGAGGCAGCUCAAAGAUCGGAAGAGUGCACUGUGUGUACUCGCGCAUGACAAGGCUGUCAAUUCAGCCUAUUUCAGCCAGACAGAUGGUUGCAGACUGGUUACUACUGAUCAGGGCAGGGAGAUUCGCAUGUACCAGUCACCCAGUUGGUGUCUUGAGACAUGUAUACAGCAUCCUCACAGGUUCUUUCAGCACAUCACACCUUUUAAGGCGACAUGGCACCCUCAUCUGGAUCUGAUAGUGUGUGGUCGGUAUCCAGACAAGAACUUCCCUGGUUCAGGCAACGAACCCCGGACCAUCGACAUCUUUGAUGCGCAAGAUGGCCGGGUGGUCUCGCAGCUGUACAGUCGAGGGGCGGAUGGUCUAUGUCCACUGAACAAGUUCAACAGACAAGGGGAUGCUCUGGCCUCAGGAAUGGGUUUUCACAUACUGCUAUGGAGUAGACAAAAAGAAAUAGAGCGUAAACAAGCAGAGUUGGAAAUGUCAUUUAAACAGGCCCUUGGGAUGGGAGACUCCAAUAACCAUGGUAACUCAGUUAAAAGCAAACAGUUAUUGAAUCCUGGGACGGCUGAUGAAAGGACAAGGUUUGGUGCAAGGUCAAGGUCAAAGAAAUCGAAAAUGGAUAGUGAUACAGACGAUUUGAAGAAGAAGUUAUCAAAGGUAAAGUCUAAAACAAAGAAUGUCAUGGAUGAAGACCUAAAGAAAAAGAAGAAAUAAUGAAUGUUAAAUCUGUUACACAAAUGAACAGUUUAAUUAAAGAAUCAUAUGAAAACCUUUAUGUUGUGGAUAUUUCUUAGUAAAUUAUAAUUUACCCAUUAAAUAAAUAGUUCAUUUUAUAAAACUCUGAAGUAAGCAUGGACAUGUUUAAAAAGAAAGUAUUCAUUCUAUACAACUUUGGACCAAUGUUUUCUAGCUUAAUAUGUGAGCACAUGACUUUUCUCCUUUCCAAUGGAUAAUCAAUUCGAAUAAGAGUUAAAAUGGUAUACAAAUAUUUUUUCAUAUAUUUAAGAUUAUUUUAGAUAAUUAAAUAAUAAAGUACAUUGAAUACAUAGACCUGAUGAUUAGAAAAUAUGACACGAGUCAAACUUCAGGAACUUAGCUCUUUAAGUGCUGAAACUGAAUUUUGAAGGCCUUUGCAAACAGAACAUGGCGUCUCAUCAGGAUCCAAACUGUUUGCUAUUCUUAUAGUAUUCUUUGAAAAAAAUCAAUGAAAAUGCUAAUUUUAGAAAUUUAGCAGACAACAUUUUAGCAGAUGACAAAUUUCCCAGCAUGCAAAGGGUUAACAACUGAUGCUCUUGUGACGGUGUAAGUGCUUCAUAAGAAAACGUCUGUUACUAUUACCAACAGACUGCUUUAUCUUCGUAAACAUGUUAAGGUCAUUGAGGAAGGUUGCUUGACGGAAAAUGUAUGUUAUGUUAUCCAAGCUGGAUGGACGGUUUCAUUUUCUCUGUUGCUGUACAUGUGUAUAUGUUUAUAAAAAUGACCGAAAAUGUAUGUAGUGUUAUCUUAGCUGGAUGAACAGUUUCAUUUUCUCCGUCAAUGUUGCUGUAUAUAUGUUUAUAUAAGUUUGUGCAUGCGUAUCUUGUGUUAUGCCAUCAAUAAAUAAAGAAAUAAUAGUUAAUGACUCAAAAUUCUAAACUGUUGUCUCAUAGUAUACUAUGUAUUUUGGAAUACAAAUUUUGUAUCAAUUAUUCUCGGCUUUAAUGAUCGGAAUAUAACAUGGUACUUAUUAUACUCCGCCAUAGGCGGAGGGAUAUUGUUUUGGCGUUGUCCGUCUGUACGUCUUUCCGUCCGUCUGUCUGUCUGGAGCCAUAUCUUGGAAGUGCUUUGGCACAUUUCAUUGAAACUUGGUAUGAGUAUAUAUAUAUAUAUGGAUGAGAGGAUGAUGCACGCCAAAUGGCAUUGUACACCAUCUGUUAAAAAUGGAGUUAUGGCCCUUUGUAUCUUGACAAAAUGCUUUUUUGAGCGUCAAAUAUAACACUUUUGUGUCCAGAAGCAUAUUGGCGGGGGAUAUAAAUUCAACGAAUUUGCUUGUUACUUUGUUAAUUACAUGUUAAAAAUGAAUUGCACCAAAACUUAAAUGGCGCUGCCUAGCCUCCAACAAAAUAUUAUUUCACCAGUUAAAAAAAACAAUACUGAAAUAUAUUUGAUUUAUACAUAUCUCCGCUGUUCAAUACUAGAUGACAAGAAACUGGCAGACACAAAAAUGUACAGCCUGAAAAAGAUGAUGUCUUUAUUGUUAUUUUAUAUUGAAUAUAUUGGUGGAAAAAUGUUACUUGCAUGUCUUUUUGUAUACCAUAAGCAUUAUUAACUGCGACCAAACAACAAUCUUAUCUAUCAAUACACAAGUGAGAAAGGAA